AACCAAAACGAGUAAGCGGGUGUGCUGGGCUGUGGCCCCAAGAGGAGGCACAAACAAAACAGAAGGGAGGAAAACAGUUUCAAGCCUAAAAUAAGGACACCAAAGCGUGACCUACAUGAUGAGGUAGAAUUCGUCACCCCUGUGUGCUAGGCUGUUUCCUCCCCGCUUCAGUGCACUGAACCAUGGCUGCUAGGAGUGUCCAUGUCCCCCUGCUGCUGCUGAUGCUCUCCCUGUGGGCCCCGCAGACAUCAUCUGAGAGCUCAGGUCCGUCUGCGUCUCCCCCACCAGAGGGUCAGCUACUGUGCCUGUGCGACGGUUCCAAGUGCCUGCAGGAGCAGUGCCGCGGCACGCGCUGCUUCUCGUCGGUACGCGUGGGCAGCGGCGGCGUGGUGUUUGAGCGCGGCUGCCUGGAGGGUCCCAAGAAGACGCGGUUGCACUGUUCCACGCCGCCCUCCUCCCACCAGGCCAUCCACUGCUGCUCGCGCCACCUGUGCAACGCCAACACCACCAGGAGUGCCGUUAUGGCCAUGCUCCCUUCAGCUCCGCGGGGCGAGCCGGUUGGCUACGGCGCCGGCACGCUGGCUCUCCUGGCGCUGGGCCCGGUAUUGGCCCUGGCGCUGCUGUCGGUGGCGUCGGCGCUGCUCUGCAGGAGGCUCCACCGGGGAUACCUUCACAGGCUGCAGGAGUUUGACACUGAGCACGGGGCCGUAGACGGACUCAUCACCUCCAACGCGGGGGACGGCACUUUAGCCGAUCUGCUGGACCACUCGUGCACAUCGGGAAGCGGGUCGGGCCUUCCUUUCUUGGUUCAGAGGACUGUUGCCAGGCAGAUUAGUCUGAUGGAGUGUGUAGGCAAGGGCCGUUACGGCGAGGUGUGGCGAGGCCAGUGGCAAGGCGAGAACGUGGCUGUCAAGAUUUUCUCCUCCAGGGACGAAAGGUCCUGGUUCCGAGAGACCGAGAUUUACAACACUGUGCUCCUGAGACACGAAAACAUCCUGGGCUUCAUAGCGUCCGACAUGACGUCGCGCAACUCCAGCACGCAACUGUGGCUGAUCACGCACUACCACGAGAACGGCUCCCUGUACGACUAUCUUCAGCGCGUGGCGGUGGAGACGCGCGAAGGCCUGGCCAUGGCGGCGUCGGUGGCCAGCGGCCUGGUACACUUGCACACCGAGAUCUUCGGCGCUGAAGGCAAGCCGGCCAUCGCUCACCGUGACCUGAAAAGCAAGAACAUCCUGGUGACCAAGGAGCUACGCUGCUGCAUCGCAGAUUUGGGUCUGGCGGUGACACACUCGCAGGCCGACAACCUGCUGGACGCGGGCAACAACCCCAAAGUGGGCACCAAGCGCUACAUGGCUCCCGAGGUCUUGGACGAGAGCUUACACACAAAGUGCUUUGACGCCUUCAAGCGGGUGGACGUCUGGGCCUUCGGGCUGGUGCUGUGGGAGAUCGCCAGACGCUCGUACAGCAACGGUAUCGUGGAAGAAUACAAGCCUCCGUUCUACGAUCAGGUGCCGAGCGACCCGAGCUUCGAGGACAUGAGGAAGGUGGUGUGUGUGGAGCAGCAGAGGCCCUUCAUUCCCAAUCGCUGGUUCUCCGACCCGACGCUGUCGGCUUUGGUGAAGCUGAUGAAGGAAUGCUGGUACCAGAACCCGUCGGCCAGGCUGACAGCGCUGCGCAUCAAGAAGACCCUGGAUAAGAUUCACAGCUGCCUGGACAAGGUAAAAGACUCGUGAGAGACGGACGGGCGAGCUGGAACGGUUUUCCUUUUUAAUCCCGUGGCGGCCUUCUGCGGACUUUUGCUACCGAGCCACACGGAGGACCGUGGACUUCUUAAUCGAACUGAUGUCGUCUUUUCCGAUCCAUGGCUUCAAUGGGCGAGAGACAAAUCGACAAGCGGUUAGCGAGAUGCUAAACGCUACCACAAAGACUACUAUGGUAUUAUUCAAAAAGGCAAGCAUCACUGAAACGACUUUAUUAUGUCAGUCAAAUACACGAGUACAUAGGGGGAAAUGAAAUUAAUCCGUGAUUUACUGUUUGCAAUUGUCUUGGAUAAAAAUAAAAAAAAAACUUGUAGCACUGUUAUCUUUGGCAAUAAAACACCUAAUUCCGAACAGG